UUCCACACUUCUUCUUCUUCUAAACAAAAACCCUAAAAAACCCAAUUUCCGUAAAUUCUCUCUGACACACAAAUUCAAUCAAUCAAUCAAUCGAUCGAUCAAAAGAAAUUCGAAAAUGGAGAAUCAAGAUAGACGCGUGUUGUGCUUAGAAAACUCGGAGCUGGCGGCGUACCUAUUGAGCAAAAGGCAAGAACUCGCCGAAAAACCAAAAGGGAUCACGGAGAACGUCGACGCUACACUCUCCAAAGCUUACUCCAAUAUCUGCAACUCCAAAACCCAUAUCCAAACCCUCAAAGACUUGUCUCAAGUCAAGGGUGUGGGAAAAUGGAUCCUAAAACUUAUGCAAGGGUUCUUUGAGACUGGUUCAGGCAGUUCUGAACCGGAAGACUUGGCAGGAAAAGGCAAGAAAAAGAAAGGAAUGAAACGCUAUGUACCACAAAAGAAUUCUGUGGCAUAUGCGUUGUUGAUUACCCUUCACAGGGGUACUACAAAUGGGAAUGAAUUUAUGCGUAAACAGGAGCUUAUUGAUGCGGCUGAAGCUAGUGGGCUUUCUCGGGUGCCAAUUGGGCCAGAAAAGGGAAAAGGGAAACCUGCACAAUUUGGAAGUUCCACAAGAGAUUGGUAUACGGGAUGGAGCUGCAUGAAGUCAUUGAUAACCAAGGGAUUAGUUGCAAAAUCAAGUUGCCCUGCAAAGUACAUGCUAACGCAAGAAGGUCAGGAAGCAGCACGUGAAUGUCUCAUGAGAUCUGGUUUGGUUAAUCCAGCAGAGAACUUGGCUAAUGCAGAAGUUUAUUCUGAUCAGGGUGCACAUACACCAGAUAUUGAUUUUACUCCCCCUGAGAAAAAAGUGCCAUCCGCAUCUACUGGUUUGAGUAGGCGUAGGAAAUCAAUGGAUGUUCCACUUGAAUCACUUGAGAGGUUUAUGCGCAUGGGUUACUCCAAGGAACAAGUUCUUGCUGCUUUUGCUGAAGUUUCAGAGAGUUCUCAGAAGGAGAUCUCAUCACUCUGGCCAGCAGUUUUAUGUUGUCUUCGAGAGGAUCAAGUUUAUGGUUUGCAUUCUGGGUCCCAAUCUGUAAGAGAGGAUUGUCAUGCAAUGUCAAAUGCUUACACUAAUUCAAAUGGUCAAGGUGAGGGUAGACUGAUAGAGUCUUCUCAUGAUGGUGGACAUAUGCCAGAGUUCUAUUCUUCUGUUACUGCACCGAACUCUUUUACCUUGAGAGCUUGCUCAUCAUCAGAUCAACCUUUGCAAAAGUCAAGGACAGAUGGUUUGAAAGUAAAUAUGAAUUCUUUAAGCAUGCCACCUUUAAGCUUUGGGGAGAGAUUUGAGGAUGCAUAUGAAGUGGUCUUGAUAUUGGAUGAUCGAGAACAAUUUGCCACUCAGGGAUCGCGGUCUAGGAGAAUUAUUGAGAAUAUUUGUAGUCAAUACAAAAUCAAAAUAGAGGUUAGGCGGUUACCAGUUGGUGAUGGGAUCUGGAUAGCUCACCAUAAAUAUCUUGAUAGUGAAUAUGUACUUGAUUUUAUUGUUGAGAGGAAGAAAGUUGAUGAUUUACGCAGCUCAAUCAGGGAUAAUCGCUAUAAGGAUCAAAAAUUAAGGCUUCGGAGGUGUGGACUUAAGAAGCUGAUUUAUGUUGUGGAGGGCGACCCAAAUUCUUCUGAAGCUGCUGAAAGCAUCAAAACAGCUUGUUUUACAACAGAGAUUCUGGAGGGAUUUGAUGUGCAGAGAACAAGUGGUUUGGCUGAUACUUUAAAGAAGUAUGGUCAUCUUACCCAAGCAAUAUUGCAAUACUACAAAUCAGUGCUGCCUGAGGAUCAUUCUAAAUGCACUGGAGUAUGUCCUCCUUUUGAUGAAUUUGUCAAAAGGUGUCAAGACCUGGAUAAAAUGACGGUCAGCGAUGUAUUUGCCAUUCAGCUCAUGCAGGUCCCACAAGUUACAGAGGAGAUUGCUGUUGCUGUUUUAGAUUUGUACCCAACCCUUCUAUCUCUUGCCCGUGCCUACUCUCUUCUUGAGGGCAACACAGGUGCACAAGAGGAGAUGCUUAGGAGGCAGAGUAACAAUGUGAUCAAUGCAGUUGCUAGUAGGAAUAUAUUUCAGUUAGUUUGGGGCAACUAACUAAUUUAAGUUUCCUUGAGGUUAAACAAGGAUGAAGCUUGAUUCGAUGAAAGCAAAAGCAAUCUGCUUCAUUGGUUGAAGUUAACCUUCAUGUUUUGCAAUGUAAAUGAGAUGCACAGCUUGUGUAUGCAUGUAGAAAAGCUUUUGAUGCUAACCAGUGUUCUUUUCAACUAGUAUAGUCAAUGUUACAACUGCAUAUUGAUGUAGUACCAUAGAAAAGCCUUUGAUGAUAGGACUUGGGACUUUUAGAAUAUUUUUAUAAGCAAAUCAAUCUUGUUCA